UCGCGUUUUGCGAUAAACACGGUUUUUUUUUGCCCUCUUGUAAUCGAAUUACUACAAGAGUUUGUAAAUCGAUCUUCAUGAAUUAACUUAAUACACAGGGCCGUUUUCUUCCCUGUAGCUAUAGCCUCUCCACGUGUUUGCGCCACCGGAGCUUUUCCCACUCGAAUUAUACUACAUCACCUACGAAGCGUCUUCGCAAAUAUAAUAAUCGUUGACACGAACAUUCAUCAUGGCGCCCGAAACACCACGAGCAGUCUCUUCGAGACUUCUUACUAUGAAGUUUAUGCAACGGGCAGUGGCCUCAGAAAACUCGUCCCCGGAUUCAGAAACACAUUCAUCCAAGAAAAGAAAGACUGGACAUUCCCCAGCGGCGGGUCGCCUUGACCUGAACAUUGACCAGGCUGCAAUCAAAGCCGCUCUUGAUGCACAAGAAACCAAACGACAAGAGGCCCUGGAGAAGCAUGUUGGGGCCGACACACAUUGGGUUCUUGACAACCCAUUUGCUGGGUUAAAAGCUGCAAGUCAGACCAAAGCACCUCUCAAUGUCGUGUAUGUUGGGUAUGGUGAUAUGGAUUCAUCUAAUGACUCAGGCGAUAAUGAGGAUGUGCCGAGAAACGGGCGUACUUCAACAAAUAGCUUCAAGAAGGCGGCGAACCAGAAACCAGAAUCCCAGAAGACAUCAGACAACGAGAGCGAGAGUGAAGAUGAGGACUCAGACGACGCAAAUGCACCGGCGCAUGGACAAAAGCGGAAGCCAUCCAGUGAUAGCCCAAGCCGUUCACGCUCCCGUUCCCGGUCACGGCCAACUGCAGAGAGUGCCAAAGCCAAAGAAUUCCGGGAUAAGAGGAAGAAAAAAGAGGUGAAGCUAAGCAAGCCAACAUCAAUAUCCUCUGGUGGUGGUAUUUCCUCAGGAGGCGGGAGCCAGUUCUCACCUGCUGGAAAAGCCAUGACCUGCUACAAGUGCCACCAGACUGGUCACAAAGCUGUCGACUGUCCUAAGAGGGGUCAAAUGGCGCACAUGCGAAAUGGGGGCAAGCCAACAAGUGCAUCCCCUGAGCAAAGACAGGAAAGCCAUAAUAAUUUGCCGAUUUUCAUGAUUAAGGGCUUGUUGGACACAAGGGAUACAGGGGCGACUUGCAUUGAGCUUGUACCAUGUGCACCCAAGACAGCCAAUAACACUGUUGCACUGGCAACUUUGAGAUGA